CACCAAUAUACAAGAAGACGAGCUGCUACCUCCAGGCAGCAAGAAGCCAUGCUUAGGUGGCCUCGCUUGAUAUAAUCCCCCCCUCGCUCCAUGCGCACCUUCUUCCGGCUGUUUUUCAGCAAGCGCACACCCUUCAAAGCCCAUACUGCUACACAUCCACCUCCCUGGCGCACCAUGACGUCCUCCUCCACUGCCGCCCUGCUGUACGCUGCUACUAUUGCCAUUCCCUCGACCGCAUCCCCCAAACCUGAAGACGAGAUUACAAAGACCAAAGCAUGGCACGUCAAGAGCGGCGGCUUUGAAAACCCUUGGCCGUCAUGGCAGAUGCACUCUCUACCAACCUUGCUCUGGGGUCUUAUUCAUAGGCGAUUGACUGGCAAGGCGAACAAACCCAACACGACCCCUCCUACCGUCCCCGUUCACCCCCCGACCUUCCUUCCUUCGCGCACGGCAAACGUCCCAGGCUCUCUUAGAGCAACAUGGCUCGGGCAUGCCUGCUUCUAUGUCGAAUUCCCCUCCGGCCUGCGCGUCUUAUUUGACCCGGUCUUUACAGAUCGUUGUUCGCCCUUUUCCUGGCUCGGCCCUAAGAGGUACACGGAGAUGCCUUGCCAAAUAAAAGAUAUCCCCAUCAUUGACGCUGUGGUAAUCUCCCACAACCACUACGAUCAUCUGUCGCAUCCUACAAUUCUGGAGAUUGCGAAACACAACCCAGAAUGCCAUUUCUUUGUGCCUCUAGGCAACAAGAAAUGGUUCUCGGCAAGCGGGAUCGAGAAGUGUACUGAAUUGGACUGGUGGGACGAAGUGGAUUUCACAUUGACAUCCUCAUCCUCAACUUCUACAGAGACGAAGCGCGCAAGCGUAUCUUCCACCGACGAACCCAACCCACCUGCCUCCUCAGACACAAUAACAGCUCGCAUCUCCUGCCUCCCAUGCCAACACAUUUCCUCACGCUCCAUUCACGACCGCGCUGCCACUCUGUGGGCUUCGUGGUCAGUCUCGUCAGGCUCUAAAUCGGUAUAUUUCGGUGGUGAUACCGGCUAUCGCACGGUGCCCAAGUCCUCCGAAGGGAAAGACGACUGGUCAGAAGAAUAUUCAAAACUACCUCAUUGCCCGGCGUUCGCAGACAUAGGUCGGUUACGAGGACCGUUUGACCUGGGAUUAAUUCCCAUUGGGGCUUAUAUGCCGCGGUGGAUCAUGAGUCCCAUGCACGCAAAUCCCCGUGAUGCGGUGGAAAUAUUUCGAGAUGUAAAGUGCAAGAAGGCGCUGGGUAUACACUGGGGCACAUGGGUCCUGACCGAGGAGGAUGUCCUGGAGCCACCUAGGCUGUUGAAGGAAGCAUUGAAACACCAUAAAAUGGAAGAGACGGGAUUGUUUGAUGUAUGCGACAUUGGUGAGAGCAGGGAAUUUUGAAAAUUUUAGUUGGGAGAUGCGUGGCUGCUGGGUAUGGAAGAUUUCCAAGUCAAAUAUAGUGGCAUAGUAUUUAUUGGUAUUUCCCGCGAUGCCUCGAUGGUCUGUACUGGGAUUGGGAUGGCUGGCGAGGACAAUAUGGCCGCUACGGAGGACAUUGUACAAAUACACGGGUUCUGUUGGGUUGUUUCAGCAACGAAAGGAACUUCACCUCUCCACGUGGCAUCUCUCACGCUUAGAUCUAUACCUAU